AUGUCCUCCUCCUCUUACUCUGCUCUUGCAAAUUGGGAUGGCAGAAUGAAUGCUCGACAAAAGCCUCUCUCUACUCAACGCUCCGCCCGCCAUCAGCAUACUAAUUCAUCUGCAGAAUUUGAUUCUGCAUGCAACGCAGUACACUCUACUCCUGCGCCUCCAUCUGCAUAUUCGUCGUAUUCUUCGUCAUCUUCUUUGGAAAGUGCGUUCGACUCGUCUAGCUCUGACGAGAAAGAUCAAAUCACGGUCGUAGGCCUGCUGGAUGUGCCUCUUCAGGAAGUGGACGACUCUGCUUGCGCGGACACUAGUUCCUCGGUUGCCAAUUUUAGCGACCAGUCGUAUCUCCCGGCACCUGCAGCACACAAUCUCACGAAGUCUCCAGUGUCCAACACUUUUGACACAACACUCUCAUCUGAUGCACUAGGUACUGGUGUGGAUAUCGAUUCUCUCAGCCACGUACCAAUAGACCUGGACGGAGAGGUGGGGCUCUCGGUUCUUGGGGGCGAUGGCCAUGGUGGAGUGCUCCAAGGAUUGGAGGCGUUCUCUCAACAGAAGUCACCACUGUUCUUUCCAUCACCAGAAUCUGACGACGCUCUCGCUUGGACACUGUCUACGUCAUUGAUGGAAGAGCCUCAGAAACCUCUAGGUCCCGAUAUGCUGUCAGACAGCAUUUCCCCGGAAUCUCGUACAGCCACCAAGGAGCCAUCGGCGCUGGUAUCGAAUCGAAUACCAAGUCGCAUUGACUUGGGCACGAAUCUUGCUAAGCUUCCAGUAUCAGGAGCUUCUUCCUCUAACCUACCACUUCUGGCACCCGCGGCUAUGAAUCCUCUGCAUACCGUUGCUUUAAUGACACGUGAGGAUGCGAGCACUUCAACAUGUAACAGGAUGGGUACAGCCCAAGACCCUCGCCAAUAUAAAGGUGUGAGCGAAUCUGUUUUAGCGAAAGCAACUGAUUCCUCCCGUCCCAUGGCAGCCUUGGAUUCAUCGCCAUUAUCUUCGCUUGCAACAUUAUCCCCGCCAGGCAAACCACGAACUUAUGCGUCAUUUGCAUUAACAUCGCGCGUUGGUCCCCGCUUCCCUGCGUCUUCGCAUCCUCAAAUUUCCUCUUAUCCACACUCGUCAAUUUCUGCAACAUCUCAAUCGCGUACCAUCCACAAUCGCGCGUUUGUCCUCAUUCCUCCACUUCAGAAUACUCGGAAGGAGGAUUAUGUUGACGCGAGUAAGCUUGGAAUUCUAAAACGAGUCGAUCGGAAUAGCGGUGCGGAUAAAGCGCUGUUCAAGAAGAAUGAGAAGAAAAGGAAGACGGCGAUCACUCAAGCAUGCGAGAGGGGGCGCGAAAAGGAAAAGUCAGUGAAGAGACGCAAGCGAGCGCAAGACGAUCACGACUGGCAACGAUCAGCUACCCCUGCACACGAACGACGCCAUGAGAUCUCUAGCGCCGUUCUCGCCCAAGGCUUUUGUACGCCGCACAGACAGGCUAAAGCUCACGCGCUUGCGCAGAUUUCACAGGCACAAACGACCUCGGCGAAUUUGGAGAAGGACAAGAGGGCCGAAGCUGCAGUGAUGCAGCCAGCUGGUCAGGAACCUGUCCAAGAGCAUCCGCCUGCCGCCAGUAUCAGCAUCGCAGCGCCUCGCAUGUCGAGCCCCAAGAAACGCGGUCGGCCUCUCGGCUCAGGCUCAUCCAGGGUCCUAACGAAGAAGACAAAGCUUGAAGCCGCAUCAGAACAGAAUAUCUUACAACACGUGGAUGUAGUGCCGGCUCUGCCGAUUCCAGACAUGAUAGAAGACGAGCCUGAGUUUGCACUGGAUGGUUCAGACACUGAUAUCGGAGUAGAUGUGCUGGAGCCUUUCUUACCAUCGACAACUUUGUCCAUUGUGGAUGUUGACGAUGAGGAUACGGUGCUUGUGAAUCCUUACGCGAUGUGUCUUGCGUUGAGAUUCGUAGUGCACGAUAAAGACAGUGCGUGGUGGAAGGCGACUGCAGAGGGGGAGCGAAAAGUAUGGGAAGAGAUGCGGGCGAGGAAGGAAGAAGAUAGGCUUGAACGGGAGAGGUUUUUGAGAGAAAAGGCGAAGGAAGUGGAGAAGGUGAAAGUGCGGCGGCAGCAGGAGAAAGCCGCGGCGCGAGCGCAGAGAAAGGCACAGAACGAGAGCCGUCCUCGACCACGAUCCCGACUCGAGGACCUCGUUUCGAUGCCCGAGCUUGAGUCGCCAUCAGAAGUACUCACGCAAGUGGACGGGCAAGAUCCCAGGCGCGCUGUCCAACGGAUCGUCAAAGUUGACGACCAGGGAGAAGGCUCGCCUACAUCCCGAACCCCUGUGAUCACAGCAGACUCGAUAGACUCUGCCACUGAAUUGGGUCCAUCGCCCGCAUAUAUGCAUCCGGAACCGUCUCUCAGCCCAAAUGACGCUGUGCAGCUACAUCCAGAGCAGUUCUACGGAAUGCAUCCUUUGCUUCCAUUGCACGCCAACGCACUAGGCCACCCCUUACUGGACGAGUCGAGAGCUCUCAGCUCUGCAUACCUACAGCGCCAGCAGGCUGGUGCGGAUGGUCCUUGGUUGUUUGGUGGGCCAUGGGCUCAGUCUGAUUUGCCACCAUUCGGCUCUGAUGUUGCUGCGGAGGAAAUGCCAGAUAUGGGAGAUGUUCCAGCCAUGGACACAAGCAUGGACGCUAUGCUAGCGAUCGACACGAGCAUGGACGCGUACGUUGGUCCGUCGAUGGACUUCGAUGUGCAUGAUAUCAGUGUGACCCCUAGUACACUGUUCGGUAGCACAGAGAACAGGUUUGAUGUCACCAAUGGGACUAUUGAUCCGUCUCUGCUUGGGGGUGCUCAGCCGGUUAAGGAAGUGGGGUCUGGUAGAAAAGAGGAGAAGAAGACAAAAGGAGAGAAGGGCAAAGGCAAAGAGAAGGGCAAGAUAAAGACUGACAAGGACAUGGAGGACUCCAGCCGAGCAUAUGCACAUAUGUCCGCAGAAUCUAAGGCAGCAGCUUCAGACGACAAUCGUGGUGCGCGCAGUGGAAAGGCCGGGGAGAAGGGCUUGAAAAAGAUCGCGCGCAAGCCUAAAGCAAGACCUAAAGAGCCCGUUGCGGGACCUAGUGUUCACAAGAAUAUUUUCGCAGAGCCAUUAGAGGAAGGAAAGCGCAAACGGAAGAAGUCUGCGCGUGCUCUUGCAGGGCAUCUCACCCCUUCUCCUUCGCGGACGCCUUCUGAGGGUGGGGAUGUAAACGACUGGAGCGAAGACGACGAGCCUGCCACACAGAUAUCUAGCGCAAGACGAGACGAAAUCCGUGCACUUGCGACUCAGCCAACGGGAUGUCACCAUUGCAGACGUUCAACAGCUAUGGAAAAGAUGCGAUGUACGAUCAUCAAGGAGUCUGGAGAGCCAUGUGGGAUGCGCUUUUGUGUCAAUUGCAUAGUCAAGAGGUACCCUGAAAUCCAGUUCGACGCAUACGCGCGUGUAUUCGAGUGCCCGCGCUGUCUGAAUACGUGUAACUGCACCGUCUGCUGCCGGAAACGCGGGGAAACGUACAUUCCGGCGCCCCGCGGACGCAUCAAGUUUGACACCCUGGAAUUCACGCCGAACAUCCAUCCACAUGGGAAGGGAAAAGGCAAGGAGCGGAGUGGGCCCCCGUCCCCCUCACCAUCACCAUCAUAUGCGCCGCGUUCGCCUGCGCUGCUGCCUGCGAACUACGACAAGGAACUGUGCGAGGGCAUGUACUGGGGCGCGGUGUAUACGGUGACCGGCGAGCGCAUCGGCGGGGGUUUCGUCAGUAACAACAACAGCGGGAUUGUCGUCAAAGAUCCCCUUAUACCGAUUGCGCCGGAGGAUUCGAUGCUGAUCCCACGAAGCGUGAGUCUGUUGACUGUCAAUGAUGGUGAAGACGUAGACGGUGGCGAGGUGGACGGUAUCAAUCUAGACGUUGCUCCACCUCUUCCUCAGCGGCCGCACUCACUACCUCCGAGGAAGCGAGUGUUCGUCGGUGCGCUGCCGCCAACGACUUACAAGUGUACGCCGAUACGAGACCUCGAGACCAGGGUUAUACCCGUUGCGCUCAAUGUACAGGCGUAUGUGGGAAAUAAGUGUAUUUUGGAGCUUCAGAACACGACUGCUGACGGGGACGCGGGUUCGUUCGGAGACGACAAUGGAUACUCGUCGCCACUGUCACCGCUCCCGUCGGAUGAAGAGAGUGGAAACGUUCCAGAGACAUCGGGAGUCGACGUUGGGUUCGCGAUCGCAAAUGCUCUGAUGGCGAUUUCGAUAGUGGAUGUAUGA